AUGGCGGAUCUAGACCACUGGAUUGACAUUGCAAAACAGUGCAAAUAUCUCCCCGAAAAUGAUUUGAAGGUAACGCAUGCUGAUCUAAGUACCUUUUCCUUUCCUGUUGCAUUUUAUGAAUUACACUCAAGUCAUUCUUUGGGCCAUUAUUGACAGAAAUUGUGCGACUACGUUUGCGAAUUGCUACUCGAGGAAUCAAACGUCCAGCCAGUUUCCACACCGGUUACAGUUUGUGGCGAUAUCCAUGGACAGGUACUUAGUUUUUAAUGACAGUUCCUAUUCCCUGUUAUUCUAUUAUCCUAAAGAAGCGGUAUUUUUGUAAGAGGAAACAACUUGGAUACCGUGUGGCACGAAAUUUUUGCGGGAGUAUAUUUUUGCGGAUUGGCGAUUUUUUGUGUUUUGCGGAAACUAAUUUUUGCGAUUAGGACAGAUUGUUUUUUCUUGCUGGGAAUUAAUUUUUGCGAUUUUCAGAAAGUAACCAGUACCCAGCAUUGAUAAUAUUUUCGUUCUUAUUGAGUACGUGCAAUAAAAAUACAUUAUUUUCAAACAAUAAACCAAUAUUUCGUUGUAUACAGUUUUGUUACUUAUGAAAGGGACAAGUUGUGAUUGAACAGACACUUUUUCUUAGUAGCAUGUUUUUGUGUAGCGAAUUUAAGUAAGAAAAUAAUUUCUCUGGAGUAAAUUUUUGCGGGAAAAAUGUUUGCGGUUAUUUUUUAUUUGCAGGAACUUAUUUUUGCGGAUCGCUGGAAAAAUCGCAACUGCAAAAAUUUCGUACCACACGGUAUUAAAUGAGCUUGAUCACGAAACCAAGAACAUAUUAUCAUAAAGUGCAGCCAUGUUAUUUAUUCCUCAUAUUUCUUGUUACACAGCUGUGUUACAAGAUCGAGAUCAUACUAUGGUAAAUUUUUUAUUAUGCCAUGACAGCGUUAUUAAAAAAAAUUUCAAAUGUAAGGAGUUACUUUGACUCAAUAGUUACCAGGGGAAGGAAAUAGUUGGGGGAUGCCACACUAAGUUACAUGUACAUGCAUUGUUCUACAUCUAUAGUUUUAAUUCACAACAGUUUCUCAUACACAUUAAUUGGUUAGCGCUAUAGUCACAGCAUAUUAGGUAAAUAAAUAAACUAGUAAUAGUUGACGCUACAGCUGUCCCCAGUCUGUGUAUUGUCGGUCAAUAGUAUUCUUGCUCCUUGUGUAGCUCUUUGAAAUAUACCGAUUCAUAAUGAAGAUGUUCACACAUAUUUCAUACAAUAGGUGAGAUAAAUACAGGAAAUAAAUGUUCCAUGCACAGUUUCAGUUUCGAUUUACACAGCUUUGAUCAAAACAUUCUCAGUUUUGAGAAUAGUUUAUUCUAAACCAUAAGAAAAGAUUUAAUUAGAAGUUGAAUUUUUCACUAUUUCUAUUUCACUUUUUACAUUUAGCUUAUUUUAUGUGCCAGAAAUUAAGUCUUCGAAAUUAAAAGGAUGUGUGAUCAAUUCAUGCUCGCGCAUUCUAGUCUUAUUUUAAACUUUAUAGCAGAAGGACAUCUGUGAGCAGGGAAUAAGUCAGCACAAAAUUUGAUGGUCCGAGAAUUUCUGUAAUCGUCCAUCGUUCUGCUAGUGAUAAGCUAGCCGUUGAAUCAUUCACUCAUCUUGCCUGUUUGCGGCUGAGUCUUAUUCCGGUCAAAGAAAGAGAAAGAGUGUCUAGCAAGGUUUCCAAUCAAAGAUUUGUGAACUCGUGUCUGGCAAACUCACUUAGUGUUAAAAUAUACACUGUUCUACGCACUUUACAACUUCAUCUACAUUUAACGAGUAUCUUUUGGUCCAUAACUUUAACAACUGCUCAACAGAAUGUCACUGAUAACGUGUAACACAAAAGAGUAUCGAAGUAUGACUGCACAAUUUUAAUUUAGAUUUUGUGACAUUAAAAUCUACCUAUUGUAAGCUGUUCCUUCAGGAUUUUUUGUGUUUUACAUCAUCCUAACCAUUUCGUACUUGUGGGGGCAAACAAUAGAAACGUCAUCAUUAUCUACCGAUUCCUCGCGGCCCCUGUUCAAGCAAAUCAAGAUUUUUUCUAUAUUGACUGUAUGACUGUAUAUUUCAACUGUAAGUACUUUCCUUAAUAUACGCGCGAGUUACUGGAGUGCCUCCUCAGGACUUCGCCUUCUGGGCAAAAUCCCUGCAGGGGCAAUAAAUGAAUAAAUAAAUAUAAAUUAUACAAUAAUUAUGUAUGAAUAACCCUGCUUAAAUAGAUACAUCAGGAAAGAAUCGCCUGCUAUGACAUACAACUAGGACUAACAUAGGUUGAAAUCAAUCUCUGAGGUUGCACGCUUAAAGGUAUUAAAGUAGUAACCUCAUUGUGAAGAGAUUCUGUACAGUUGUAGUUCUUGUAAACCCGGGAGAAAUGUUCCUUACUGCGGGAAUUUUUAUUUUUCACUUUUUGUUUGAACAAAAAAUGCAAGUUGCUUUCUAAGAAAAUAGAUAUAGCCUGUUGUACACAACUGUACAUGUCAUGGAGGUGGAUAAACAUUUUUUUGCUUUGAAAUUGAAACUAGUCAAUAGAUGUCUGGCAAUCAAAUUGCACUGAGAGCACAGUGUAUUUUAACGGCUUGAUAUGAUGGAAAUUUAGUUCCAAGUUGUGUUCACUUUGAAGGUCAAACAGCAGUGUAGGAUAUAAAAACAUACCACCGUAGGUCACUGAAAUGAAGUUUAAGCUAGUUUAAGCUAGUUUAAGCAUGGCAAAAUGGAUAAGGAAAAGCUAAAAAAAGUGUUUUUGACUUGCUAUAUUGGAUGUUUUUUCCAUUAUUAAAUGCUGUUGGUUAGGUUUGCAAAGUUUUUAGUAGCAUUUGGAAGUGCCGGAUACAGAGGUUCAGCUGGUGCUCUUGCACCAUUCGUGCUGUAGGCACAAACAUUUAAUAUUUACUUUAUCCCUUUAUAUUUUUUCAUGAAACAGUUACUCUAGGGGCGUCCCAGGGCAUGCUCUCCUGGGAAAGUUGUAAACUGUACUUGCAUUUUCCUGCAUCACUGGAGUGGAAUUGGUUAACUGGGAAGGUCUUUUGAAAAAAAGCUCCCAAAAAAGGAAAUAAUUAUUUGAUUUGGCAAUUAUAAUUAUCAGUUUGCAGUUGCUUGCUUUAUAGUUGAUUCCAAAACAAAUUCCUGAUGACAGAUGCUCUACAGGUAGUAAUUUAAAUAUCCAGUCCAGAAUUGACAUACCAGAAAAAUCACUUUACUGAAGUUCUGUCAAUGAAAAUCUUGGUGAUGCUUCUGGGCUGAUCUCAGUCCUUGGAUCUGAUGAAGACAAUCUCUAGAGAGAAACAAUUUUCACACCUAAAAACUGAUUAUUUUGUUUGUGGAGUAGUGGAUGUUGCAUGUCAAACAACUGGACAUUGCAUCUGGCAUCCGGCUUGAAAUGAAACCUCUGGGUUUGUGGCAUUGUUUUCUUUGUUUGGUGGAGAAAAGAUUUUGGAGAAUAUAUUCUUUCCAUCAGACAAUGUCUGUGUGGAAAGGAAUUUCCAGAUUUGUAUAUCUUUGACCUGAGAAGUGCAGCUGUCAAUUUUAUACUUCUAUUGGUCUGAUUCCUCCCCAGUUUUAUGAUUUAGAGGAGCUCUUCAACACUGGAGGCCAAGUUCCAGACACAUCUUAUGUAUUUAUGGUGAGUACCGGUACUAUUGUUUUAUAG